GUGACAGCUCCUCUUUCUCCCCCCACUCAUGAAGGACACUCAGUUUGUGUAAUGUAGUCACCCAUCAAGGACAGGAGAGCGUCUGCAGGAAACCCUGGGAAACUCUGUGAUUUCACCAGGAUGGAAACUAGAAGAUGACACAGAGUGACUAAUUUCUUCUUCUUCACUGGAUGUCCAGCCUGACGCGGAGCAACGAUGGGAAACAUCUUCCAUUGCUGCCGCGGAUUGUUGCGCUUCUUCAAGCGUCCGGGCGAUCCGGUUCAUCAGGGCGCUGAGCAAUCUCCUCUUCUAUCAAGCCAGGAAAGCGAUGUUGACUCUUUGGAUGACAGUUUGAUAAACCCUUCAGCUGGUACAGCAAACCCUGCUCUUGAGCCAGAGCAUUUCCUGUUUCCUGACAUCAUACUCAGCAGCAACGCUGCAGGCGAAGUGACUCUGGUGGAGCCCAUGGUGUGUCUGCUUGUUUCUGAGGAAGACGAGGCGCAGGGUGAUGAAGGAGGCGCAAGGGAAGGCAGAGACAGGUGUUUCUCUGAGGUGGAGACGCAAACCGAAGUGGAGAUCCAGAUUAGUGCGGAGGUUCAGACUCAGACUGACUCUGAGCCAGAAAUUCAGACGGCGAACGAUAAGAACAUCACAACAUCAACAAAAGCAAAAUCAGAAAUGGAGCAAAACAUCAAGCUUCAUGAAGAGAGCGCAGCAGGGUUUGUUUGGACUGAGCAGCACCAGGUACUGAUCCAUCCCAGUGGAAAUGGUUCUGAGAGGACCGAACACUUUGGUGCAGAACGUGAAAGCAACACUCAUGAGGACUUCCAAGUAAAACAUGAACUACGUGAUGAAGAUCCAGGAGUUCAUAACGUAAAAAACGAAAUUAUCCACACUGAUGAGUCAGUAGAUGAGCCCAUAUUUCACAAGACUCACAUGAACGAUCCGGAAAACGUAAAGAGAGAAAUGGAGGACCAAGAUAAAAAUGGUUUGCAGCCUCUUUCAGAGGAGGAGCCGCUUGUCAAAGGUGUGGCUUCAGAAACCUCUGAGGAUGAGCUGCUCAGCAAGAGAAAAACUCUGCCGAGCGAUGGAGAAGUCGCUGAUCUCCAAGAGGACAAAUUUACAGUCCGAAUUCAGCCGCCUGGAACAGAAAGUUUUGAUCUUCAGGUAUCAGGGCAGAUGUCGGUAUCUGAGCUCCAUCAGGUGCUCAUGGAUCAUGAACUCACCUGCCACCGCUCCUGCUUCUCCCUGCAGCUGGGAGGCGCCGUUCUGGACGGCGCCGCGGAGCUGGGCUCCAUCCAGGGAAUCCAGGAGGGGGCGCUGAUCAGGGUGGUGGAGGGUUCAUACUCGGUGCGGGAUGUUCGCGCUCAUCUGCGUCACGUCCGCAACCUGCUGCGGAGCCUCGACCCUUCCGGCCGCUCGCUGUCCUUCCUGUCCUCCUUCACCGGAGCACAAGGAAGUGACAGUAUGGAGAAGGAUUCAGGGUCCCGCUGCCCGCCAUUUUACAUCUUGCCCGGAUGUAAGGAAAGACGUCUCACUCCUCUGCAGCCCUUCAGAGGCGACUGGAAGCCUCUGCAGUGCCUCAGAGUCCUGAACAUCAGCAGCUGGAACCCGCCUCCAGGAAACAGGAAGCUGCACGGAGACCUGAUGUACAUCAGCGUCCUGACGAUGGAGGAUACAGAGCUCAGCAUCACCUGCUGCACUCGGGGUUUCUACCUCAACCAGUCCACUGCCUUCAACUUCAACCCCAAACCUGCAGCUCCUAAAAUCCUCUGUCACUCUCUGGUCGAACUUCUGAGCCAACUCAGUCCCUCGUUCAGGAAAAACUUUGCCGCCCUGCAGAAGAGGAGAGUUCGUCAGCACCCGUAUGAGUGCAGUCGCGCUCCGGCCCAGGUGUGGCCCUGGGCGGCGCCUCCUGGAGAUCACAGCCUGGACUGUGUGACUGCAGAGGAGACGGCCGGACAGAUUCGAGACUGGAACGAGGAGCUGCAGAGAUCCAGGGAACUUCCCAGAGCUUCGCUGCUGGAGCGGCGGCACAGAGACCGGCGAAUCUUCAGGAUCAACAGUGACUUUGUGGCGGCUGCAGCUCAGGGUGCCGUGUUCAUGCUGGAGGGAAACGUCAUGCCGCUGAAUCCACAGGAGCCGCCUCACCUUCACAUCUUUCUGUGGAACAAUCUCUUCUUCAGCCAGGGAUUCGACAUGUCGGACCACUACACGGCAGUCGGUGGCGAUGCCGCCGCUCACGCUGCCGCCCUGUGCGACCUGAGAGGAGUUCAGGCAUAUGCGUCUGUGGACACACAGGGGCUCCACACGCUCGGCACGGCGGUGGUGGAUUAUCGCGGUGUCCGUGUCACCGUUCAGACCGUCGUUCCCGGGUUACUGGAGAAAAACCUCGAGCAGAUAGUUUACGGCUCUAAUGACAACGGGAAAACAGUUUUUACUCACCCCAGGUUUUUGGAGCUUCUGGAUGAGAGCAGUAAGUCUCUGAGGAUCCAGCCUCACUCGGUCCUGGACCACAGCGGCAGCCCUGUGGAGCUCCGGUCGGCCGUCUCCACAGUCGGGAUAUUUGGCAGUGAUGAACGUCCGUACAUUUUGGACCUCCUGAGGACUUUCCCUCCGGAUCUGAACUUUCUGCUGUCGGCUGAGGCGCAGCAGGAAGUUCCCACAGCAUGCCGCAGCUUCGGCUUCCCGCGACGUCACCGCCACGGCCUGGCCAGGCUCCGGCCGCAGCUGGUGGAGGCCUUCAUCCAGCACAGGUAUGAGCUUUUUGCUAAAAUGGCGUCCGAUGAUCUCGGCCAUCAGUUCGUCACAGAGAAACCUGAGGAACCUCAGACAGCUGCAGAACAAAACACAAGGAAUAUCAUGUGGAAAUUUCGUGAAAAUGUCGGCUCUGUGAGUGACUCUGGCUUUGACAUCCGCUUCAAUCCUGAUGUUUGCUAUCCAGGCGUGCGUUUUCCCUCCGAGUGUCUCCCGGACAUACAGAGACAGAGUCGUCUACUUUGGGACGCUGCUGCGUUUCUUCUCUCGAAUCAGAUUCCUGCAGUGCUGAGGGACUGCCUCGACCAUACAGCUGUCCCGAUGGACGGAGCGACUCUGACCUCAGCGAUCCAUCAGCGGGGCGUAAAUGUGCGAUAUCUGGGUGCCAUGUUGAAGGAGCUGGACAAGAUGGAGGAGAGAGAAAACCUGAGCCAUGUGCAGAGAAUUUCCAUCAGUGAAAUCAUCACCAGAAGUGCGAAACACAUCUUCAGGACCUACAUGAAGGAUGUGGAGCCUGCAGCUUUUUCUGCAGCUGUCAGUCACUUCCUAAACUGCCUGCUGAGCUCGUCCUCCGCUGCUGUUCCUGGUUCCUGCAGCGAUGAGCUGCCGUCCCGCCGCAGGAGCCGCCGCCACCGAACCCAGAGCGACCGAGCGAACUUCCUGUCCAGCAGUUUGUGGACAAAACUGACUUCUGAUGAUCUGUGGAGCAGGAUCAAGACGGAAGCGGAGGAUUAUUACUACUAUGCAUUUAAAAGUGAAAGCAUAGAAGAAGAAAUAGAAAAGCACAACAUUCAGAAGAUUUCACUUUUGAGAGAUGUUAUCAAGACAGGCAUUCAGCUGCAGCUGAGAGAAUACGUGUUUGAGUGUCGACACAAGCCAGCGUUCAGCGAGGACGACGUGGUGAACAUGUUUCCUGUGGUCAAACAUCUCAAACCAACGUCGACUGAAGCUGCUGAACUCGUACAGCAGGCACAGCUGGCAGCACAGCAGGGGUUUCUCAGAGCAGGUCUGGACUUGCUUGGUCGAGCCCUGACUCUUUUCAGCGGCGUUUGUGGGAACCUGCAUCAGGACGUUUCCAUGUGUCUGCGUCUCCUUGGGCAGCUCAGAUACACCUUAGGAGAAAAUGAUGACGCUCUCAUUCUUCAGGAAAAAGCUGUUUUGAUUUCUGAGAGAAUACGAGGGUCAGAUCAUCCGCAGACCAUACAGGACUAUACUCACCUGGCGCUGUAUUUCUUUGCCGGAGGCCGCCUGUCAACUUCCCUUCAGCUCCUGUGUCGCGCUCGAUACCUCACCCUGCUCGUUAUCGGAGAAGACCAUCCACAAAUUGCACUUCUAGAUAGUAUGCUGGGUUUAGUCCUCCAUGCCCUGAUGGAAAAUGAGCUUUCCCUGAAGUUCCUGGAGAACGCCUUGACUUUGACCUCUAAAUAUCACGGUGCAAAAUCACUGAAGCAUGCACACAGUCACCAUGUACUUACCAUUGUGUAUGAAAGCAGAGGGGAGUUUCAUUUAGCUCUGCAUCACGAAAAAGAGGCUUAUAUUAUAUAUAAAAACCAGCUUGGUGAGAGCAGUGACAGCACAAAGGAAAGCUCAGAAUACCUGCAGAGGCUCACGAAUCAGGGUGUGAUCCUCCAGGGAGCCGUCCGCCACGUUGCCUCUGGCAAACCCAAUCCCUCUGUCUCUCCUCCGAGGUUGCCAAUUCAUCCUGUGGUUCUGCAGCAGCUCAACCUGACUUGUGGAAUUACUCCAAGUCAACCCAGUGAAAAAGAGCUGAGAGCAGAACUGAACGAAAGAGGAAAAGUUCAAAUUGACGACAUGGAAUAUCAAUUAUUAAACUGAAACGGCAACAAGCAGCAGCUCUGAACUGUGGACCAAAAAGAAAACCACUGCAGCCCACCUGCCUGUUCUGGGGAAGUGGCUCAGCGAGAAACUGGGUUACCCAGAUUCAUUUGAGUCCUUUAGAAACUACAGCAGCUGCUGGACUGCACAGAUGAGUGAAAGACUACUUUAAAAUGGUCUUUAAUGCAAUGGUAUAAUCUGACAGUGAAAAAUUACAGAAAAAGCCUUUAAUCUGUGUGUGUAAUUUAGUGGAAAACAAAAUGAUAAAUAUUUACAUAUAUAUAUUUUUGAAUCACAAGUGCAAAAAUCAGUAUGCAUGCCUUACAACUUCUGAAAAAUAAAUGCAACAGGAUGUUUUUAAUGUGUUAAUUUUUUUUAGCUAAAUAUAGUAUUGAGAAACUUUUAGUUUUUAUUUAAUGGUAUCUUGUGUCCUUGAGGAAUGAAGUGCACAAUCACACUUUAAACAAGGCAGAAUUGUGUUUAUCCUAAUAUAUUAGAAAAUCCCUCUCUGUAAUAAAAAUGUCUCUAGUUUACGGUAAAUCACCAGCAGCAGAAUGUUACUGUAUUUGCCUGAUAAGUCUGUGUAAAUAAGAUAAAUGUGUAUAAAUAUGGCAAAAUUCUGGCAACCACAUCUGCAGGUAUUUUACCAUAAAUUAGAUAUGUUUUUUUCAGUGCUGAAAAAAAUAUACUUGCCUAAACUUGCUUUAAUGGACAGACAGGAAACAAGUUUGUUUUGCAUCCUUCAAAGUUAAAGAUUGCCUUUUUACUGAUGUAAUGCAGACUAGUGAUGUAAUGCAAUUCAACUUUUUGAAGUUGAAUUGCAAAAAAAAAAUACUUCCUUGCUCUAGAAAGACAAUGUUAUAUUUUAAAUAAAGCAACGUGAAUGGAAAAGUACAACUUAUUUCACUGGAUCUCAUAAACCAUGUGUCAAACUUGAGGCUCGCGGGCCAAAUGUGGCCCGUCAGAAAUUCUUUUGUGGCCCUUAGGACUCUACAAACAGAACCGUCAGGAUUACAGCUGUGUGCUUAAAUAUUACUUUAUCAAUCAAAUUGGAAGUUUUAUCUGUAUUGUGCUAAAUUAUAUAUAAGUGAAAAGAUGUUUAAUAAUGUUUAAUCUCAAAAGGUUCCCUCCAUAUUUUAACAGUUUGUUAACAGGUAGCUUUAUCAAUACUUUCUGCCACAGCCGACCUUCUAAUGAUAUUAUUUAUCUUGAUGUGGCCCAAAAUAAACAGGAGUUUGACAGUCCUGUAAUAAAGCAACAGUGUGUUUGGUGCAACUAGAAUGUUUUUAAGGAUCUUUCAGCUGGAAAUCCAAACAUAUCAAAGACAAAAUAAAAUUCAGAAUAAUACACAAACCUUAACACAAACAGCAGGUAUGCUAACCAAAGACUAAGCAUGUGUGAACAGGUGAGUGUCAUUCAGUUAACACCCCAGGUGUGACAGAGAAAGAGGAAACAGAACAACUUCUGCAAAAGAAAGCAUGAAGUAAAACUGCCCACAAUACAAAUGAUAGGAAAUCAAAUAGGAUGAACAAUAACUGACUAACCUGAAAGCAUAAUGUUUUAAUAAUGGAUGUUAUCUACAGUGCUGUGAAAAAGUAUCUUCCCCUUACAGAUUGUUUCUCUCCAAAUCAAUGAGCUUUAAGUCCAGGUUUGAUUUAGUCGCAUUUUCUCUGGCAUCUUAUUUAAAAGACUUUAAACUCCGACGUGAACCUUUGGCAGUUUUUCAACCUGAACCUUUUUAGUUCAAUUCUGGUCACUGGCCUAUGAAGCAAACUAAACAGAACUAAAGUCUACACUAACUAAUGAACUAUAAAACGUCUCAACCUGAGCCAUAAAGUGAUUUAAGAGCGUUUAAAGUUCAUGACAGGUCUUGUAUUUUCAGUUUCUGUAUCAUGACCUUGCAAUCUCUAAUGUCUCCACUAGGUUACACACUCGUUCCACGGUCACUUCCCUGUACUGAGAUUAUUUUGUUUUUCUUUUGAUAACCUGAAUAUUUUUAAUGCACCAGUAACCCACUAGCAUUUAAUUAGUGCUAGUGGUUGUCAUGGUGACUGAUUGAAUUUCUCAACAUUAUUAUUAUUUUUUAAUCUUGAUCAUUUCUCUAAAUAACAUCAAUUUGGUAUUAUUUAAUCCUUAUUAAGUCCCAUGUUUUUUUUUUUUCCCCACUUUCACAGUUUCAUUCAGGUCAUUGAAAACUUUUGUUCAACUUCACCGUUUUCUGUUUGAGUUUCAGAUUUAUUUGCUAUUUUCUCCAGAUAUUUUUAGGAGAAAAGUGUAAGUCUGCACUCUGGACAGAGAUAAUGUCUUUACAUGAACAGGAUCAGAGCCUGGGAGUGAGAGCAAUAAAAUGUGGGAUUUUGUUUCUUCUGGCUAGAUUUUUAUUAUUAUUGUAAAUUAAAAGCCAUAUUAAUGAUUUGCUUUAAAACAUGCAAUGUUUUCCUUCUUUCUUUGAAGAAAUUAAAAAAUAA